CCAUCAUUUCUGCUUCACCUUUUCUUCUUCUCUAUUUUCCCCUCUUCUCUCCAUCAAAUUUCAUAUUCUGAAAAUACACAUCUAUCACAAUGGGUGUCACCAAGACCAUCAUCUCCCCUGGCAACGGCCAGCAGUUCCCCAAGCCCGGUGACCAGAUCUCCAUGCACUACACUGGUUGUCUGUAUGAUGAGAACGCCCCUAACAAGAUGGGCAAGCAGUUCGACAGCUCCCGUGGUCGCGGUGCCUUCAAGACUGCCAUCGGUGUUGGUGGUCUCAUUAAGGGCUGGGAUGAGGCCGUCCCCCAGAUGAGCGUUGGCGAGAAGGCCAUCCUGACUAUUUCUCCUGACUACGGCUACGGCCCCCGUGGUUUCCCUGGCUUGAUCCCCCCUAACUCGACCCUUGUUUUCGAGGUUGAGCUGCUCGGCAUCAACUAAACCCGCUAUAUUAUUAUUCAUUCAUAUAGUAUAGCAGGGUUGCAAUCAAUCAAAUAAAUGGUUAAAAACGGCGGCUUUUUUGUCGAUUUUACAUUACUACUUGACUUACUUACUAGAUCAAUACAAUCGAUCAGUCGAGGAAUCAUUCUUUACCAAAGUAUGUAGAUGGUAGUAUAGCAUCCUCCAUUACUUGAUAUAG